UCCCUCAAUAUUCUUUUUCAAGGGUGUAUGUCCUCGGUGUUGAACCCAUUAAAAUGUUUUUCAAGCUUAUGGUACCUAAAAAUAAAUACAAAGCAACUUUAAGCUACAACCAACUAUCGCUACAAUAACUUACUCUACCACCUCUAUUUUUAAUUAAGACUUCAAAUAAAUCCCAUUAAAAUUCUCUCUCGUGUUUACCGCCCUUAAAUUACAAUUACAUAUAUAAUAUUUACAUUAUUAAGGGGAGGUAGAUUGUUGAGAGAGGAAAUAUAUUGGCAGUCAUAUCAACUUACCUAUUUAUAUAUUUACUAAAAACCUGGCCCAGCUUUGUCCAGUCAAUCUCCCGCACACAGAACAAAAAAUCUUUCCCCUUUUCCAUUCUCCGCCCAAUUUUUAUAAUUUUGAAAAUUCUCACUAAUUGGCCAAUCAUUCCCAAAAACUCCUUAAAUCCGCUAAAGAAAUCCCUUAAAACACACUCAUGUCACUACCAUCCUUAGGCUUUAGUGUUGAUAGUAUACUUGCAUUCAACAACAACAUCAAAAGAGAAAAAGCACUAAAGAAACAAUUUAAACGGAAAAGUUGUUCAAAACGUUCAACUACAAAUUUUGAUAACCCUCAAAAUAUCUUCAACAAGGAAGAUGAGAAACAACAAGAACAGAACCUACAAGAACCACCAAUUUCUCCUUCAAUAUCGGCAGCACAAUUAUGCUUUUCACAUUGGGCUACAACAUAUUUAGAACAGAAUAACGGUAGUCCCUCAACAACAAAAAAUGACAGCAAUUUGCAACAAUCAACACAAACAACAAAUGCUUUUGACCCUCUAAUUUUACAGACACGUAAGAUUGGAAUAUUAAAAAAACUCGAAAUGCAAGUUUAA